AUGCGCUCCGCCUUAGUGCUGGUGCUGGUGCUGGUGCUGGCGCUGGCCUGUGCCAGCAACGAUCGCUGUCAGGAUGUGACGAACGAAAUGUGUGCCGGGCAGCCCUACAGCCGGGCCCGGAUGCCCAACAUUCUGAACCACACGACCGUGGAUAUGGCGGCGCUUGAGGCGCAUCAGUUCGCGCCGCUGGUGAAGGUCCGUUGCAGCCCUAGCCUGACGUCGUUCGUCUGUCUGCUGUACUUCCCUCCGUGCACAGUGCUGGACGCUGCGACGCCGCCGUGUCGCGAGCUGUGCCAGGCAGCCAGGGACGACUGCGAGCCGCUGAUGACCAAGUUUGGAUUCCGUUGGCCGUUCUCCUGCGAGCAGUUCCCGGCGCUACUGCAGUACUCGGAGCGGCUGCAGAGGAUGCAAGAGCAGAGCCUACAAAUGGAGCAGCGGACACUCCGGCUGGAGCAGCGGAAGCUUCGGCUGGAGAUUGAGCUGCUGCAGCGACAGCUGCGCUCCGGCUAG